CUCGCUAUGUAAUCUCGCGAUCCUUUAUGUAACCUCGAAUCUGUUUACCAAUCUGCUUCCUGUCCACUGACUCUUCACUUCGCUGCAGUCUUUGAAAAACGUGAAACAGGCAAACAUAUCGUGCAGAGAUGGAUAUUCUGACUGUGUUACCGUCCAACUUUGGAUAUGCCAUAUUUACUUACCUCUACAGCUGGAUCAUGCUGGGGUAUUUAGCAGUCAAGGUUGGGGGUGCGAGGAAGAAAUUCGAUGUUAAGUAUCCCACUAUGUACAGUGACAAGCAUCAGGUAUUCAACUGCAUCCAGAGAGCACAUCAGAACACCCUGGAGGUCUAUGCUCAGUGGCUUGUUUUCCAGACCAUUGCCGCUCUUGUGUAUCCGCUGUCAGCGUCUGUGCUGGGGGCUAUUUGGGUGACCAGCAGGUUUUCAUAUGCCUGGGGCUACUACACAGGAGAUCCAUCAAAGAGGAUGUACGGGGCCUAUGGCUACAUUGGAUACUUUGGUGUCAUCUUCCUGUCUAUAUCUGUAGCCCUGCAGUUGCUUGGAGUAUUUUAAGACGAUUGUCAUCUUGUUUGUCCAUUUUUACUGACUUCCAUGAAACUUCUAAUGUAUCAACUAUAACCAGCAUUACAAUAAAUAAUACUGUCAAAUUGUAAUGAGUAACAAAUAACUUUAUACUAUCUUAGUAAUUGUUCUUUGUUUGAAUUUCUACUCCAUGUGAUCAUCAACAAUAAAGUAGAUGCUGAUCCAAACAGA